AAAGUAUGAAUGAUUGUUUUCACAUUAUAUUUGAAAUUUUUGCAAUCAACAUUUAUGGCAUAAUUUUCAUUUAAAUGUUAGAAUUUUAGCACAGUUGAAAAUAUAUAAAAAUAUACUUUGCCUAUAGUUAUUUUAAAAAAAAACAAAGUGAAUGAAUGCACCAGAACAACAUCUUCAGCCCACUAGGUGUUGCUAUAACACUAUUUUUGCACCAAGAUAAUCUAGCAGCUCAUGGUUUGUGUGGGAAAUAAAGCAGUUAUGAUAGAGAGGCUAAUGCAUUCUAGCUAUCCUGGUUGGAUUAUGAUCUGCCAGUCAGCAUCUUAUCUCCUACCCUAAUCAUCUGUCCAAAAGGUUGAAGCCGAGGGUUGUUGGUAGCUGCUUCUAUUAGAUCUGGCGGCUGAGUAAAAUGAUUCUUACCUCGGGGACUCUGAGGAUGCCCUGCCUAAGUGUGUCAGUGGAAUAGUCAUAUGGCUCUGAAUAGCAGCAAGACCUGAUCAUGAGAGGAGCCAACCUUCAAGCAACUAAGGUGCGUUUUACCUGCAGUCUCCUUGACUCAUCUUUAGCUGAUAAUUGUGGGAUAUCUUCAGUAUCUUGUAUUCAUCAUUAGUCCCUGAAAAUGUCACCAUAAAGCUAGGAGCAGCAUUACUUCAGCCUGAACAAAGACUCACAGUGCAGAUGGAAAUCCUGGCAGAUUGGUUCUAAAUCCAGCGAGUCAAAAGUUACAGAUGGAUUUUUUUGUGCUCUGACUUGAAUAGUUUCUUGAAUUCUUCUAAAUUUGUGCCAUAAUCAAAGUCUAAGAUCAAAAAACGAACUCAUUUUGCACUGGAAAUAUUCAUAUUAGAGGAUAAUAUUUAUUUUUCUCAGAUAAAAAUGUACUUGUUUUCAAAAAAUUCUACAAACUCGGAUAGUAAAAUAAUGGUGCGAAGGUUCCUUGUGACCUUACGGCCUUUCAGGUUAUUCGUGGCUGGCAUUGGAUUUUUCACUCUCUGUUUCAUCAUGACCUCACUUGGCGGACAAUUUUCAGGCAAGAGAUUGGGAGAAUCGCCCUUUGGCAUCCGGCAAUUUGGCAUCAAACCGGAAGGAAUUGGACUGGAGUCCCGUGUGCUGAGAAAAUUGACGGACAUGUUGGAAAUAAUAUUGAAGAGAAUGGAGCCCCUGGCUAAACUGGAAAACGUGAGCGACUUCAGAAAGUUGGAAGAACUUAGCUCUGCUUUAAAUCAUUUCCAACAUGCUGGCUUACUGGAGAAGAUAGAAGCCAUUGCCCAGAAUGUUUCAAACCUAACAAACAAAAUGGAGCAGUUUAUGCAAGCAAGCCUAAUGGCCGGGAGAGAAGGUUCCUUCUCUGGGAAAGCGAAGGGGAAAGAUAGUAGCCAAUGUGAGAUUCCCAAAGAUCCUCGUUUUCCUGACUGCCUUGGGAAGAUAGAGUGGAUGCGAGCCAGAUGGACAUCUGACCCAUGCUACGCUCACUAUGGUGUUGAUGGUACAGACUGUUCCUUCCUCGAAUACCUCAGUGAAAGAGAGUGGUUCUGCCCUCCUUUACCAUGGAAAAAUCGAACGGCUGCUCCAACCAGAACUAAAACAAAAGAACAGCAGAAGGCAUUUUAUCGGAAGGAUUUUGCACAACUUCUCGAACUGAUGGGUAGUGGAAAGGAAUCGCUAAUAUUUAUGAAAAAACGCAUCAGAAGGUUGUCAACACAGUGGGUUUUGGCUGCUCAGAACAUCGAUCAAAAACUUGAGAUGAGAAAAAGGCAGCGGAAAAAGAUGUUGGUCCACCUGGGUUUCUUGACGGAGGAAGCAGGAGAUGUUUUCAGUCCCAUCGUGUCGAAGGGUGGUCCUUUAGGGGAAUUGGUUCAAUGGGCUGAUAUCUUGGCCACACUGUAUGUGCUGGGUCACAGCCUGAAAAUCUCUGCUACUUUAAGAGAGCUCCAAAGUUUCCUAGGCGUGCCUCCUGGGAGAGGAAGUUGCCCACUGACUGGACCGUUAACCUUUGACCUCAUCUAUACUGACUAUCACGGACUUCAACAAAUGAAACAACAUAUGGGGCUCUCCUUCAAAAAGUACAAGUGCCGGAUUAGAGUGAUCGACACUUUUGGCACGGAGCCGGCUUACAACUUUGACGAUUAUGCAAACCUCCGCGGUUAUCGAACAAACUGGGGCCACUGGAAUCUGAACCCAAAACAAUAUAUGACCAUGUUUCCUCAUAGUCCGGACAACUCAUUCAUGGGUUUUGUUGCUGAGAUACUGAAUGAUACUGAAAAGGAAGCCAUUCAAUCAAGCAAGAUCAACAACAUGGCGGUCGUCUAUGGAAAAGAUCCUAACAUGUGGAAGGGAAAGGCAAAGUAUCUGGAAGUCAUUAGCCGAUACAUGGAGAUCCAUGGAACAGUUUACUAUGAGACGCACUGGCCACCUGAGAUGCCUGUGUUUGUCAAAAACCAUGGACUGCUGCCUCAACAUGAGCUGCAGAGACUUCUAAGAAAAGCAAAGCUCUUCAUUGGACUGGGAUUUCCAUAUGAAGGACCUGCUCCACUGGAGGCCAUUGCCAAUGGCUGUAUUUUCUUGCAACCUCGAUUCAACCCCCCUCACAACUCAAAGAAUAAUGAGUUUUUCAGGGGAAAACCCACUUCAAGAGAGGUUUCAUCACAACAUCCGUAUACGGAAUACUUCAUUGGGAAGCCACAUGUUUGGACAGUCGACUACAACAACACAGAGGAACUGGCGGCUGUUGUGAGAACUAUUUCAGAAACCAAGGUGGAACCUUAUCUUCCCUAUGAGUUUACUUGUGAAGGGAUGCUGGAGAGGGUUCAUGCUUAUAUCCAACACCAGGAUCUCUGUGAGACAGUGUUCCUGACGUGGCCUCAGAAUUAUUCAAGGCAUAUUUCAUCCUCUGCUAAUAAUACAAGUCGACUCGUCGUUCCUCAAAAUGUCACUGGGCUUCCUUGGUCUCCAAAUGCCAACAAACUGCUCAGGUGGCCUCCUAUGAGCUCAAUGCAUCUCCACGUAUCGACCACGGCACAGUCUUGCACUAACGCCUGUCAGGAACACGGACUCAUUUGUGAGCCAACAUUCUUCCAGUUUAUCAACAACAAACUCGUCUUUGAGCGAUUUCAGUUCGUCUGCGACAGCAUUGAAUCUGAAGCGAACCAUCUCUAUCCCGCCUUUGAGGAAAUAGCUCAAGACUGUUACCUUCAGAAGCAGGUCCUGCUGUUCAGCUGCGCAGGUCACCAUCCGAAAUAUAGGCGGUUCUGUCCCUGCAGAGACUUCCGUAAGGAACAAGUAGCACUCUGCAAAGGGUGUUUGUGAGGCUUGAAUACGAAGACUGUGCAAAAAGCAAGUUUGGUGCAGAAGUUCACCAAAUCAUCCACAAAACACAAAGAACUCCCCAUGAAGGCAUUUCUCCGUCAUCAAAAGAAACUUAAAGUGACUUAAGAAAAUCUACAAGGAUGCCAAUACACAGAUGGAUUUGUUGUGAGAAAGGCUGCCUGAACAGACAAUAUCCAAGCUGUGAAUAAUUUGGCAAUGUCUUUAUUACGUGUUUGCUCAUGUUGCAUGCAAAUGAGAAGUCCAUGUGAACAUUUUUAACCUACAUUUCUUUAUGAUUAAAUAACAUUUCAGACCAUACCUUUGCUCAUCAAUGAGUCAAAUUAGAAAUCUGGAUCAAGAAUCAACAAUUCUCAAAUUUGUUGAUGAAUCCUUUCAUGAAAUGUUCUGUGUUUCUACUCAAAUGAUUGUUACAUUUGUUACCAGUGCAAUAAUUUAGGAUGUCAUGAGAUCAAGGAUGAUGUUUUAUGUUUUUAGAUUUGGCACAGAAAUUCUACAUAUUGCUCAAGUAGUCAGUUAAUACAACGUUAUUUCAUGCUAUCAGUCUUUUGUCAGGGAAGUGAUUUGAUACAGCAUUCUAAAUAUUCUAAAUUCCAAUCCUUACGAAGUUUACUAUGUUUUGUUUUCAGAGUUUCUGACCAGAUUAGUGUCAAACAAAUUACAUUGCAUAACUACCCACUUCUAAUACUUAUUCUGGCAAUAUUUAGGCGGAGACACAAGGAACUGCAGAUGCUGGAAUCUUAGGCAAAAUACAAAGUGCUGGAGGAACUAAGUGUGCCAGGCAACAUCUGUGGAGGGAAUGGACAGGCGACAGUUUGUUGAGUUUAGUUUAGAGAUACAACGCAGAAAAAGGCCAACGAGUUUGCGCCGACCAGUGACUAUCCCACACACUAGGGACAAUUUACAAUCGUUACCGAAGCUAAUUAACCUGCAAUCCUGUACAUCCCUGGAGUGUGGGAGGAAACAGGAACACGUGGGGAAAACCAACGCAGGGAGAAUGUACAAACUCCGUACAGACAGCACCCGUAGUCAGGAUCGAACCUGUGACUCUGGCUCUGUAAAGCAGCAAUUCAGCCGCUGCACCACCGCUCUGCCAACAUUUUGGAUUGGGAUCCGAUCUAUAUAAGGCUCCUGACCCGAAACGUCGUUGUUCCAUUUCCUCCACAGAUGCUGCCUGACCUGCUGCCAUCCUCCAACACUUUGUGCUUUCCUCUGUACUCAGAGGGAGAAGAUUUUGAAAGAAAUUAUCGCAAUUGGUACUUUAUAUUGAAUUUACAUUAACACUAUCUGUAUCAUGUUUUUUCACCGAAAACUCCACUAAAUGUGAAAUAAAUAUAAGAGCAUAUAGAGAUGGGCAAAUAGUUAUUGCUAAGAUAUUUUAGAUGCUAUAUAGCCCUUAAAGAAUGGGUAC